GUUCUUUGGCUGCUUAUUUUUGAUAUUUGCUGCUGAGGCUGUGGCGGGAAUUCUUAGUUUCAUUUAUCGCGACAGGGUAGGUCUGACUUUCUAUAGCUUUUCUUUAGUAAUUUCACACAUUUCCGACUUCUUAAGCUUUGGGUAUUUGAGUUCAUAUUAUUAAAGACGUAUAAAGUUUUAUUUGUUAAGAAACUAAUGAGAGCAAACGUUGUAUUAAACCGAAUCCAGUCGGUUAUCUUUUGAAAUGAAAAUUUAAACUUCGGAAAAUACCAGGCACGAGCGUCGGAACAGCGAACGUGGAAAGUCAAGUGAGAGAUCUUAAUUAGGAUCAACCACAACUGCUCACUCCUCCCCGUUUAUGUUUGCUCUCGAAUGAGCUUCUUUAACUUGUGUUUCCUCAACCACUGCGCAAGUAUUGUAGUUUCCCAAUCCCCCUCGAACGUUGUGAAAAUGAAUUUUACGAGGUGCCUGCAGAGAGAGAAAGGUCUCAGAAAUUCGAUUCGGUAACCGAUGCGUUUGACAUAUCAACUUCCAUUCUAGAGCAAAGGGAGAAAAUGUUUCUUAAACUUAUGAUCAAACAACUUCUUCGUUUUUCUUUCAAAAGGUUGAAACUGCGGUGGAAAAUAUGCUUAAAGAAGAAAUUAAGACAAAUUAUGGUGUGACAAGCGAUUCACCCACUAAUCAAAACGUGGAUAGUUUACAAAUUCGUGUAAGCAGAUCAUUUUUUGAUUUUUUUAGACAUAAAACACAAUUUCCCACUAAUGUAAGGUAAGAAGCUUUAUGUUUAGAAGUGACUGUAACAUUUGUACCAUCCAAGAAGGGUGGGGACGAGUUUCAAGCACUCUCAUUAUUCCCUUGUCUGCUAAACCUCCUCCUUGACAAAUAGAGGCUUACAAAUAAGCCCAGCCUCUAUCUCCCUCUUUACAAAGAGGGGCUUACAAACAAGCCCAGCCUCCCCCUCCCUUUUUACAAAGAAGGGCUUCCAGACAAGCCCAGCCUCCCCCUCUCUCUUUACAAAAAGGGUAUUACAAACAAGCCCAGCCUCUCCCUCCCUAUUUAAAAGAUGAGCUUACAAACAAGCCCAGCCUCUCCCUCCCUAUUUAAAAGAUGAGCUUACAAACAAGCUUAGCCUCCCCCUCUCUUUCAGCUAACCCUUUGCACAGAAUCGUUCGGUCAGAGUUAAAUACAUCAAACUGAUUGUUUUCCUCAGAAAGGUACAUAGGUUUUCCUUGAGAAAGUAAAACAAUACUCAUUAUACUAUUCUUCGCUGUCUAUUCUCUGAAGCUCGAAUGCUGUGGCGCAAGUAAUUACAUGGACUGGGACCAGAGUAAAUGGAAAGAAGUCAAUAAGGACAAUAAAGUACCGCUGAGUUGCUGUAAGAAGGACGAAAACACAAGAACUUGCAAUAAGGUUUCGAAUUUUGAUAAAAACAAAAUUCAUACGAAGGUAAUGUUUCUAAUAUUUGCGGUUCCUUAAACGAGAAGUAAGCUCCAGAAACCAUAAAACUUUUAUCUUCGCCUUUAAAAAGGAUUUAGGGACCAAUAAUUAUCACCGCUAGAAGGGUUGGGAGGACUUAGGUCGUGUCACAGUAAAAUUUACCUUUUCCUCCUGCAAGGCCUGGUAGUCUUCUAACAAUUCCCCAUUAUCAGCAGUCAGUGUCCUAGAUUGCCCCGUCUAUACUCCGGUAGUGCCGACUGAUCCUUCCUCCGCCUCCCCCCUGCAAACCAUGCGUCCUUCCCCCCCACCAGGUGAUAAAGAAUGAUUGGUCCAUCGACAGCGUUUUGACAUUCUGAAGAGUAUCCUCCAAUUUGCCGCAAUUUUCAAUAUUCUUCGGUAACUUUCACCCUUUUUUUUACAUCUGCUUGGCGAUCCGUCUGAACAACUAAGAGUCGCAAAACAAGGCAUUUGUGACUCAAAUAAUGAUGUUUUCUUCGAGAACCAAAGAAGCACGGCUUAUUGUGAACCGCUUGAUGAUGCGAUUCCAUCGUUACCUAGGUGUGCGGCCUGGUUACUAAGUUGUUUUCAAUAUGGCGGCGUUAGUGGACGGGCAGUUUUUUGAACGGUUAGUUUACCCCUGAAAAUCAAGUACCGCAGUGAGAAGUAAACUCACGUAUAUAUAGUUUUCAUUAUGGAUAUAAAGAUUAUAUGGUUUCUGCACCAUAAAUCUCCCUUAAGCCUGUGUCACUCUCUCUCUCUCAUCGUAAUCAAUGACCCUCUUAGAAAUCCGGCACUAAUCAACUCUUAUCAACUUGUACGGCCAUACGGUGUGAACUCAUACUUUAAAAGUGCGGCUUCACGGCAACACCCGCUCUUGUGCCUGGUCUGAAACCCAGACAACCCUCGACCAAGUAUCACACAAGUAAUGCGCCGAUCGAUUCAAAUUAAUCUAUGCAUAACUAAGUGACUCCUGCGCGCAAUCGCCCGCUCUCUUACACUCUUGUCUUCAAAUUCUUCCAGGGUUGUCUUCAGUCGCUAACAGAUUUUGUCGAUAAAUAUCUGUUCGCCCUCGGUAUUGAAGCAGUAUCCAUGGCCGGAGUUCAGGUUUGUAGAUGUUCCUUCCACAGUAACCCAGUUUCUUAUUGCACCCACUGUAGGCAAAGGAAACGAUUAAAAUCUGUAGGCAUUUCUUCGCGCUGGUUACUCGUGUAACGGCUCAAGGGCGUAACUUGGGUAUCACGGAAGGAAAAAAAAGGAAAACGAAAGAUUUAUCAACUCCUGAAAAUAUAUUUUGGUAUCGUUUUAACUCAGGAGUUAUAGAGCAAAAAUUGAUUUGAUGGUAGUACGAAAGGCGCGAGAUUGAUGAUCGCGAGAAAAUAUAUCAUAACGAAAAAGUAAUGAUCAUAUUAUGAGAAAAAAAAGCGAAUGAAAAGUGAAAUACUCAGUAUCAAGCCUUUGUGUACAACUACUGAAGGAGUUCAGAUAUGUUUUCACGAGAUGUUUCUUUUUGUUUUCAGUUACUUGGAAUGUUUUUUACCCGCCGCCUCUUCCGUUCUAUUGAUGUAUGA